UUCUUGUUCUAGGGAUAUCUCCUCUAUUGACUUUAUUCGAUCAAACACGCAUGUGUUUAACUUUGUUCACAUACUCUCCUAGUUAAGCAAGAAAUAACUGCAGUGGUGGACUCUUCACUCGACAUAUUAGAAGCCAAUCAAAGCUCGUUGGGUGCAAUGCAAGUACCAAGCGGAAGACAUGCGAAACCUCUAGCAUAGCAGUCCAAAUAAAUUCGAAAAAACUCAACAACACAACGCCCCACACGAACACAUCUGGCCUUCCCUCCAACAAAACAUACAGUAGUGACUAAUUCAGUGUCUGUGCGCUACCAGAAGUUGCGACCCCGUAACUAUGUAUGGUGGUGAUGAAGUGUCAGCAAUUGUAAUAGAUUUGGGAUCUCACACCUGCAAGGCAGGCUAUGCUGGUGAAGAUGCUCCCAAGGCUGUCUUUCCUUCUGUGGUUGGAGCAAUUGAUCAAAUGGAGGUUGAUGUCCCUGAUAAUCCUGAAAAAAAUACGGGACCAGCUCCUGAUUCAAACAGUACUGUGAAAACCUUUGAAUCAGAGAAAGAGAAAAGCAAACGCAAAUUCUAUGUCGGAUCACAGUCCUUGGGAUAUCGUCGCGAUAAUAUGGAGGUCUUAUCACCCUUUAAAGACGGAGUGGUUGCGGAUUGGGAUAUAGUUGACAGCAUAUGGGAUCACGCUUUCAGGGAAUGUCUACUGAUUGAUCCGAAGGAGCAUCCAAUGCUACUUGCAGAGCCGUCUUCAAAUAAUCAACAACAAAGAGAAAGGGCAGCAGAGCUGAUGUUUGAAAAAUACAAAGUGCCAGCUUUAUUUUUGGCCAAGAAUGCAGUUCUUACCUCAUUUGCAUCAGGCCGAGCAACCUCUCUAGUAGUUGACAGCGGAGGAGGUUCAACCACUGUUGCCCCUGUACAUGAUGGUUAUGUGCUUCAAAAGGCAGUCUUGUCUUCACCAAUUGGGGGAGACUUUCUCACUGAUUGCUUGACAAAAAGCUUGGAGAGCAAAGGCAUCAUUAUAAGGCCUAGGUAUUCGUUUAAAAGAAAAGAGAUACGUCCUGGAGAAUUUCAGACUGUUGAUCUUGAUUUUCCCAAUACGUCAGAAAGUUAUAGGCUCUACUGUCAGAGGGUUAUUGCCAGUGACAUUAAAGAUUGUGUGUGUCGAGCACCUGAUACACCAUACGAUGAAAGUGCAUACUCAAAUAUUCCUAUGACACCAUAUGAGCUUCCUGAUGGACAGACGAUUGAAAUUGGAUCAGAUAGGUUCAAGACUCCCGAUGUCUUAUUCAACCCAUCAUUGGUUCAGACAAUUCCAGGCAUGGAGAGUUAUGUGGAGACUGCUGCUUCUGCUCGUGGCCUACCUCAGAUGGUUAUUGAGAGUAUUAAUAAGUGUGAUGUUGACAUCCGAAGAGAGCUUUUCAGUAGCAUAUUGCUUGCUGGAGGCACAGCAUCGAUGCAACAAUUGAAAGAACGUCUUGAGAAAGAUCUUCUAGAGGAGUCACCUCAAGCUGCCAGAGUGAAGGUUUUAGCUAGCGGAAAUGCUACAGAGAGAAGAUAUAGUGUUUGGAUCGGAGGAAGCAUACUGGCAUCUCUUGGUUCUUUUCAGCAGAUGUGGUUCUCCAAGUCUGAAUAUGAAGAGCAUGGAGCUUCUUAUAUUCAGAGAAAAUGUCCUUGAGAGCUGCCAUCUUGCUUUUCAUAUACUCUGUGUAAAAUGCAGGGCGGAUCUUUUCCAAGGUCUUGCUACGGUAAUCGAAUUUCAUUAGAUGGAUGUUCUAGUUUAGCUUAUUUUUUAGAGAACAUUUAGGUUACAUAUAAGAUUACAGAAACUUGAUACACAUGUUCAGGAGGUCAGAACCCUGUUAUGCUGUAAACAUUAUUUUGAAACGACUAUUUUCUUUGGAUCCUCGUCCUGCAAUGUCUAUUAAAUUUAUUGAGAGGAACUUGGACAGUA